UUCAAAUUAUCCAUCAUAUGGUUGCUGUUAUCAUCUGUAGGCCAUUAUAUUCAAGACGUGGACUGUAGUGGUGGUGUAGGAGAUAAUGGAUCGGAUAAGUCAGCCAUGAAUGAGGCGAUUACCAAAAUGAUUAAUCCGGGCGAUAGGCUCAACAUUCCCUGUUCACUUGGCUUAACACCGGGCGGUUCUGUCCAAUGGGUUCAAAAUGGAAAACCUAUUUUAUUGGACUUCAGUCCAACACAGAGACGCCACUGGAAUAUAACAAACGACGGCCAGACAGGACUGACCAUCAAUCGGGUGGCAAAAAUAGAUGAAGGAUUGUGGGAGUGCUGGGAACUGGACGGCCAGGGAGUCAUCAAACAUAAGGCUCUGGUCAUGAGAUUAGUUGUCACCAAUAUUCCCGAAAAUCCAUACAUUGAGUUUGAGGGCCGCCGUAUGGACGACCACUCGACACUGACCGUGCGGGAGAAUACUGUCGUCAAUGUUAAUUGUGUGGUCAGAGGGGCGGCCCCACCAGUCAAACAUGUUUACUGGUAUUUGUCGCACCAGAAUAUUACCGAACAGAGCAAACUACUGAUGGAAUAUUCGGCCGAAGAGGACGUAUCGAUGGCCAUCAGUAUACUGACCAUCAAUGCCACCCAAGACCUGAACAAUAAGAUAAUCAUAUGUCAAGUCUAUCACGUUUCGUGGCUAAGUCCGGCCACUGCCAGUGCCUCAUUCAACAUACUAUACGUGCCGGCAUUUUCCAUAACACGUGAACCUGGUUUUGGUUAUCCGAUAAUCGAGGGAAUGCCUGUAUCGUUGCGCUGCGAAAUCGAUGCCAACCCGCAUAGUCCGGCCAAAUGGCACCGGGAUGCCGAACCAUCCCUGACCAAUGCUACUAGUCUUCCGCAAUUGGAUACGGACAGUGAGGGAACGUUACAUUUUGGACAUAUAUCCAAAUCGGAUAGCGGUUGGUAUAAGUGUACCACUGAACAUGAGUUCGGCUAUUUUACAUCGUUUGGCUACUAUCUCAAUGUCCGCAAGUCCUCCGAAAUGCAAGAAAUGGAGCAUAUAUUGAGAUCACCAUUAGUGCCCAUAAAACACGACAACACCGACGAUACAAUCGAUAAUAAUAAUAACGAAAGGAUUGCCAGCGAUGGCGACCCAAAUGAGGCGGCACUCGGCAUGAAAUCCUACGAUCCAUCCAAAGAGUCUAAUAAUAAUAAUAAUUUCAAGUUAAGUGAUAAAUCAAAUAUCAGUCCACUAUCGGUAACCAGUAGCCAACAUCAUCAUCAGUCAACCGAUUGCAAUAACAAAAAUAGCAAUAUAAACAUCGGUCAGCCGACCAUCGAGUUUAUCAAUCGGACAGUGAUUGCAUUGGUCGGCAGUCAGAUAACAUUGGCCGCCCGUUUUUGUUGUCAGCCGCGACCGAAAAAAGUUUAUUGGAUUCACAGACAUUUGGCACUAAUGCCUCAGCGGACGAUAGGACCAUAUCAUACAAGAGAGUUGAUUAUGUCAAGCGAUUCAAUGAACUGUUUUAUGUCGACAUUUGAGAUAUCGUCGGUAAAACCUGAAGAUUCUGGUGACGUAUUGUUUAUAGUGAUGAACACCAAAGGCACAGAUGAAGCCUUAGUAUCGGUAAACGUAACGGUCGCCAGUUUUUCCAUUUCAAAAGGCUAUUCUUCGACAUUGUUUGGCGACAAAACACAACAACAACUAUUAUUAAUGAUAAUGACUAUAACGCCACUAAUAUAUCAGACAUUAAUGUUUGUCACAUCAGUAAUGGUCGACACAGGGAUCUGGUCGACAAUGACGACGACGACAUCAUAUCAUCGACAACAACGACGACAACUACUAAUAAACAGCUGACAAAACUGAGAGGCGGCACCGGUAGAUAAAAAAAAACGACUGUAUAAACUGUAUAAACGAUUUUUGUUAGUUUGUUUGUUUGAUG